GCAGUCGCAGUGAAAGUUGUUUAAUCUACGUUAUCUUAUAAAAACAAUUUCUUAGUCACGUUAAUCAACUUACUUGGAUAUAUAUAUAGUAAACGACACUAAUUGAUACUCGAACAACGAUUCUUGGCGUUUCUCAUUCAUUAACAUUAAACAGACUUCAAUUCAGGUACUACUGGUGAUCUUCGUGAAAGACAUGUUUGACCUGUAUUAGAAUAUCUUGCCAUCUGAGGAGCUGAAGGGUUUCACGGCUGAUCACCUCGACCUCCCGGAAUAGUCCGCUCCACAGGCGGAGCUUCUGACAGCGUCUUGCUUGUUGGAGUAAAAGGGGGAGGGGCAGGGAAUACAUCGACUUGGCUUGAGGAUAAGUGAACGAGCCAGAAGGCUGACACUUGAAGAACUUUCUUUCUCGCGUUAGCUACAGCGAUUGCAAGUGGAACGCGUGGCAGUGCUGAAAGAUCCGCUGCCAGUGUUGACAACUUACUCGUUCUCAUGUUUGUCGCUAAACAUGGGCAAGUGUUUAAAAUCUUCUGUAAACCACCAGAAAUCUGGAUAUUUCUUAAUUUAUAAGCACUUGGCGUUUAAUAGUUCUUGUAAUAAAAGAAAAAUCUCUAACAUGUUAACCAUAAUUUGAAGAAGACUAUUUUGUCCGUACCCUUUUUGCUGGAGCAUGACAUCAUUGUUUCCUGUCAACCUAACUGACUGCAUUCCCCUAAAUAGAAGCAUCGUUCUACCCAACAUUUCACAGUUUCUAAACUGUACUUUCUCGAGCGAUGUCGACAGUUUUCGACUGGAAUUUCCGGACUAUAUACGAACAGUAGCCACUGUUCUGUGUGCUGUAGUGCUAGCCGUAGGAACAAUAGGUAAUAUCUUAGUCCCCGUCGUUGUCUGUCGGACGAAAGACUUAAGAAACUCCACCAAUUUCUUUUUGAUCAACCUAAGUGUAGCUGAUUUACUGGUUUUACUGGUCUGUAUGCCCACCGUGUUGAUAGAGCUUCAUUCUAAGCCGGAGGUUUGGGUUCUUGGAAAAGGAAUGUGUAAAACUGUUCCUUUUGUGGAGCUGACGGUGGCUCAUGGGUCUAUCCUGACCAUCCUAGCCAUCAGCUUUGAACGUUACUACGCCAUCUGUAAACCGCUUAAAGCAGGAUAUAAGUGUACUAAGAUGAGAGCUCUAGUUAUAAUCGGGAUUGUAUGGGUGGUAUCUAUUCUUAUCACCAGCCCUAUCCUGGCUAUUGCUGAGUAUACAUUUGUUGAAUACGUAGACGGUUCAACCGUUCCUGUAUGUCUAACGUUAGUACAAACGUUUUGGCAGCGGAUGUACUUUAUCUCCAUUACUUCCGUAUUCUUUGGAAUUCCUUUCUUUAUUCUGGUCACUGUAUAUUCUUUCAUUGCGAAACACCUGAUGCUGGAUAGUGGAGUUGUAUCAUCAACAAUGGAACAGUCGCAGGCCAAAGCACGUCGCCAGGUUGUUAUGAUGCUGGUGGCCGUUGUCCUCAGUUUCUUCUUAUGUCUUCUUCCAUUUCGAGUGUUUACGGUGUGGAUAAUUGUGGCUGAUCCAAUGGAAGUUCAAAAGCUGGGGAUGGAAGUCUAUUACAAUCUUCUCUACUUCUGCCGGAUUAUGCUAUAUACCAACUCGGCUAUCAACCCUAUCCUUUACAACCUUAUAUCUUCCAAGUUUCGUGAUGCUUUUCUCAGGUCACUAGGAUGUAGAAAAAGUCGACGGCUUCUACGCCAGGUGACUUUUACUCCCACCUCCCUAACACUCCAGAGCAGUCUGAAGAGCCGUUCCAGCCACUCCAGUGGAACCUACAACACAGUGAUUCCACCUCGAACAUUCGGAGCCAAAGGUCUCAAUAAAAUCUUAUAAUAACAGUCGAGAAACCCACGAGAGUCAUACCACAACCGAAGUGACAGUUAUUAUCAAGAACCUGAGUAGAUUAGAAUAAAACCUAGAUUUCUAACUAUGAAAGCCUGGUACAGCAGUUUCUUAAAGUAGGCAUUAGGCCUCUUUGCUAUAUUACUUACAAAUUGAGUUUUUUAACAUAAGGUUUUAAUAUUAUGAUUUAACUACUCUGUUUUAGUCGUCAAAAAUCUUCAACUUUAAGAACCUAGACGUUUUGAUGAUAGUAAUUUAUAAGAUACUGGAUUUUAUUCGAUCAAAACUUGUAUCGUAUUCUACUCACAAAGCUGUUAACCUCUAGAGACAUGACCACAAUACUGUGAUUCCACAGGAUUCUAAACAAGAGGUCCCGGCGACACUUCAUGACCGCAAACAUUCCAACCAAAGGAAAUAACGAAAUUUCCAAAUGUGUAAUUUAUUUGGGAAAGAAACUGAAAUAAACAUAAAUUAUGUAAAACGAUCUCGGUUGACAGGUUUUGGAUCUCUUGACAUAAAAAAACAACUGUCCAUGAUCCUAGUAGGUCAUUAACAAGUAUAAGUAAUACGUUUUUGUAUUACUUAGAAAUACUCAAGAAAACCGAGGGUGUUCUUCCAGUCUUAUAUUUAUGAACAUAUUUAAUGUCAGAAAACAUUUCGUUAUAUAGUUCAGCAUCAGCAAGUUUAUUACAUUAUCUGUUUCC